AUGCUGAAGAAGAUUCCCGCCGACUAUUUCGAUAGCUCAAAAGGAACGCUGAAAUUGCUAUGGGAGGAAGAAUGGAGGGCACUCGGUAUCACUCAGAGUCUGGGGUGGGAACAUUACGAGGUCCAUGAGCCUGAGCCACAUAUCCUCCUUUUCAAGUAA